UUUUCUUUUCUUUCGCAAAAAGGUUUCAGGGUUUGUUGUUUUGUUUUCCUUUGCUUUUGGACACAUACAUCGUAAAUUUGUGAUAAUUUUUUCACAAAUCUAGGGAGUAUAAAAUUAGCGAAAAUUUUGUGAAUACUGAAGGAAAACGGAAAAUCAUUGGUACGUGUAAUUGAAGAGUUUGCAUCAGCUUACUGUGAAGGAAUCAAGUUGGAUUUAAAAACGUAGGCUUGGAGGAGCAACUGGAAAACCACCCAAUCGAUACUGCAGCUAAAUUUGAGGCUAUUAAAAGAGUUGAUCGAACAACUGCAGUAAAAAAAACGCCACAAACGCCAACGCACAACAAAAAUGGGCGAUGAAUUCGAUGGUUGCGAAUGCGUGUGGUCGCAUGAGUAUGCUAUGCAACGUCUUUUGGCGAUGAUUCGCCAGAGUCAAAAUCAUUGCACCGACACGGAAUGCAUUGAUGUAUCUGGCCGUGUACGCGAAACUGCUACGGCUGGCAAUGGCAAUGAGGGCAGCAAUUUUACUAUGAUGACAAUGUUUAUGCUCUUUGCUGUGCUUAUGUAUUUCAUAAGACCAGAAUCGAUUAUGAAAUUAACAAAUACAAAACGGCGUUCGCAAAGGCAAGAUCCCAAUGACGGUUUACCACCACCACCGCCGCCACCGGCACCACCAGCAGUUAAUUAAUAUUCGAAUUUAGAUGGGUGCAAACGGCAGAUAAUAAUAAACAUUUUGUCUAUCAAUUGUAAUUCAACACAAUUAAGUUAACGCCUUUGGGAUUUGUUUGGUCAUGCCCAAUCUCUUACUUGACUUCUACCACGUAAAUAUAUUGGGUGCGUUCAGAAUUGCAUCAAUCCAAAGCAUCAGUCUCUUUUUAUUUCUAAACUAUAAUUGAUAGAAAUGUCAAAUAUACGCAACCACGGUUAUAAGUCGAAUUGGAACUUAGUUGCGUAAAUAAGACAUUUGCAUCAAUUAUAGUUUAGAAAUAAAAGAUACUGAUACAUUUCUGAACGCACCCAUUUUUAACUCUUCAUCAUACAUUUUCGGACGUUUUGGACUGGCUGGUCCCAAACAAACUAUUGAAAAAUAUUAAACAAAUUAAUGUGUGAAAUAAGGCGUGAAUUAUAAACCAAAAUUAAAUCGAAAAUUUUAGCACAUACAUUGAUUUUUGUUACAAGUGUGGCAAAAUGAGUUUCCUAAAUGAAGCCAGCAUAU